AUGAAGCUUGUCGAACAGGGAAUGCCAAGAUUAUAUGGACACCUUGAAGUGGUAAAGCUCCAAUUGAAUGAGCCCGGGAAGCUAGGUUUAGCGAAAGAUGGGUUUGAUCAAACAUGUAUCCUUGUGGCUGUGUCCAGCGGACACAUAGACAUUGUUAGUGAUCUGCUAAGUGUCUGUACCGACCUUGCGCUUAUAGUUGACAAAAAUGGAAAUUCGCCCUUGCACCAUGCAUCUAGCAAAGGGCAAAGGGAGAUAACCAGGGCAGUUCUCUGGACCCUUCUAAAGCUUAAUCCAAGACCUGCUCAGAAAGCUCAGCAAUAUAAUCACAAUGGUCACACACCAUUGCACUUGGCAGCAAUAAACUACAGAGUUCCAGUGCUUGAAGUGUUUCUAUUGCUUGCUGAACCAUCUUUUCAAGUUGUCACAAAAUCUGGAGAGACGGUAUUCCACUUGGCUGUGAGAUAUGGCAGAUACAAUGCUUUAGUAUACUUGACGACUCAUGUCAGCAAUGAUAUUGAUUUCUUUGACUGUAGAGAUCUUUAUGGUAACACCAUCUUACAUCUUGCAAUUUCUGAAACACAACAUAAGAUAGCAGAGUACCUAAUCAAGAAAAGAAGAGUGGAAAUUAAUUCUCGAAACAAUGAAGGACUCCCCUUGAGACCAUAUAUGCCAGAGACAACCCAAUUUGUUAAAGAGCAUGACCUGCAUUUGUCCAAUAUAAAUAAAAUAGGUCAUCCCACAAGCCAACAACUGUACACGAAUCCAAGUAAAAGGCACCUGCAAGAACUGAGUGAGACUCUUUAUCACAAACAAAGGAAGCAUCAUAAGGUAUAUAGUACAGAGGCGGUACAAAAUGCCAGGAACACUAUAACACUAGCUGCCAUUUUGAUCGCAACGGUUACUUUUACUGCUGGUAUCAGCUCCCCUGGUGGUGUCUAUCAAGAAGGAUCAAUGAAGGGGAAGGCAAUUGCAGGUAGGACAACAGCUUUCAAGCAUCAUCCCCUACAGGAGAAAACCAUUGAUAAGACCAUUGGCAGUUGCUCACAAGGUCAUGUGGGUAGCUGUGGCAUUCAUGGCAACAGCUUAUGUUGCAGCAACAUGGGUCUAAUGUUGGUUCAUCACAUGCUGCGGAAGUCAAAGUGGAGAAAAGGAAGAAGAGAAAUGGGGGGAAUCGAACUUAGACCUUGA